AUGCGUGCCUCUUUCCAGUCCGGCCUGCUGUUGGCCUCGCUCUCCGCGCCAUUCGUGGAUGCCGAGCGCGUGCUAGGUGCUUACAUCUACUCGCGCCAUGGUGAUCGCACCCCCAAGGUUUUCGGUAACACCGCAUUGACCGUCCUCGGCUACCGUGAGGUCUUCAAUUCCGGUUCCUACUACAAUGGCCGGUACAUUGCCGAAGACGACUCGACCUUUCACAUCCAGGGUAUCAGCAACUCCACCGUUAAGGCUAAGCAGAUCAGUGUCACCGCGCCAGAUGAUUCGGUGCUGCAGAACUCGGCCACUGGCUUUAUGCAGGGUGUCUAUCCUCCCACCAGCCAGAACGUUGACACCCUGAGCAAUAAGACCAAGCAAGAGGCCCCGCUAGGUGGCUAUCAAAUCGUCACUGUCGGCACCACCGAUGCCAACGCCGACAGUGAGGGUUCCACCUGGCUGCAGGGUUCGAGUGGUUGCUCCAAGGCCACUGUCAGCAGCAGCUCCUACUAUACUUCCCAGGAGUACCUCGACUUGGAGGCCUCCACCAAGGACUUCUACCAGUCGCUUGCCCCCGUGCUUAAGGGUGCCUUCGCUGAGAAGGAUAUGACCUUCAAGAAUGCCUACACCAUCUUCGAUUACUUGAACGUUGGCCGCAUCCACAACGAGACCAAGCCCAACGUGACCGAUGCUCAGUGGAUUCAGCUGCAGUCCCUGGCCAACAACCAGCAGUUCAACCUUGCCUACAACUCCUCCGAGGCCGAUGGCGUCCGUGCCAUCGACGGCAAGGUUCUAGCUGGCGAGAUUCUUUCCAGCCUGAAUGAUACCGUUACUGGCGACGGCAAGUUCAAGCUGGGUGUCCAGUUUGGCUCGUACGGCACUUUCUUCUCCUGGUUCGGCAUCAUGCAAAUGCCUGCUGCGUCCGUUAACUUCACUGGCGUGGUUGAUUAUGCAUCGACCUUCGCCAUCGAGCUGGUGACCGACGAGUCUGGCACCGAUUUCCCCUCUUCAGACAAGAUCAACGUGCGUUUCAUGUUCCACAACGGAACUGUCAGCGACUCAUCUGAGCCUACGAUCUACCCCAUGUUCGGUUUACCUGAAUCUGAGAAGGUCAUCUCUUGGUCCAAAUUCGUCUCCGAGACCGAGAAGGUGGCCGUCACCACUGACACCGAGUGGUGCGAUAUCUGCGGUAACACCGACGGCAAGUGCGCUUCCUCCGGCAGCACUGACUCAACCUCCACCAGCUCCACCAGCUCCGGCGGUUCAAGUGGUGGUGUCUCUCGCCCUGUUGCCGGUGUCAUUGGUGCUAUGGUCACUCUGGCCGUGAUCCUGGGUCUAGGUGCUCUCUUCUUCCUGGUUGGUGGAUUCACCGUUGCCAAGCGUCGCAAGGGUGGUCCCGAGAUGAGCAACGCUACUGCCGUGACUGGCGAUAAGAAGGCUUAA